AUGAUGUUUCCAAUGAAGAAAUGGGGAAUGGACUCUCCAAGGUCUAUUGGCAAGCCCAUCACAGAAAAAAAAAAAAAAAGUAAGGUUCAGGAAUGUGUCCAGCAAGACUGUUCCUUUGAUAUGGAGGCUGAGCUCACACCACUGGAAUCAGCUAUCAAUGUGCUGGAGAUGAUUAAAACGGAAUUUACACUGACAGAGGCAGUGGUGGAAUCCAGUAGAAAACUGGUCAAGGAAGCUGCUGUCAUUAUUUGUAUCAAAAACAAAGAAUUUGAAAAGGCUUCAAAAAUUUUGAAAAAACAUAUGUCCAAGGACCCCACAACUCAGAAGCUGAGAAAUGAUCUCCUGAACAUUAUCCGUGAGAAGAACUUGGCCCACCCUGUUAUCCAGAACUUUUCCUAUGAGACCUUCCAGCAGAAGAUGCUGCGCUUCCUGGAGAGUCACCUGGAUGACGCAGAGCCCUACCUCCUCACGAUGGCCAAAAAAGCUUUGAAAUCUGAGACUGUCGCCUCAGGUACAGUGAAGGAAGAUAAACAGCCAGCACCAGAGCCUGUGCAGAAGCCACUCAGAGAACCUGCAAGGCAGUUACGGAGUACCCCAACCACCAUUGGAAUUAUGACCCUGAAAGCAGCUUUCAAGACUCUGUCCAGUGCACAAGAUUCUGAGGCAGCCUUCUCAAAACUGGACCAGAAAGAUCUGGUACUUCCUAAUCAAGUGUCUCUGCCAUCACCAGCCCUCAAAAACAAGAGACCAAGAAAAGAUGAAAAUGAAAGUUCAGCCCCUACUGAGGGUGAGGGUGGCUCUGAACUGCAGCCCAAGAACAAGCGCAUGACAAUAAGCAGAUUGGUUUUGGAGGAGGACAGCCAGAGUACUGAGCCGAGCACAGGCCUCGACUCCUCCCAGGAGGUCAUCCCGGCAUCACCAUCCAAGCCCACCGUUCUCAACCAACCCCUCCCUGGGGAGAAGAAUCCCAAAGUACCCAAAGGCAAAUGGAACAGCUCUAAUGGGGUUGAAGAAAAAGAGACAUGGGUGGAAGAGGAUGAACUGUUUCAAGUUCAGGCAGCACCAGAUGAAGAGAGUGCAACCAGUAUAACAAGAAAGCAGAAGUGGACUGUAGAAGAAAGCGAGUGGGUCAAGGCUGGAGUGCAGAAAUAUGGAGAAGGAAACUGGGCUGCCAUUUCCAAAAAUUAUCCAUUUGUUAACCGAACAGCUGUGAUGAUUAAGGAUCGCUGGCGGACCAUGAAAAAACUUGGCAUGAACUGAAACAGGCUUUCAUUUCCACAGAAUUCACAGGAGCAUGGUUCCUAAUAAUAGCCCCUGAUAGUCUGUUUUUCUUUCAGAAGCUGGGCUGGGAUGAGAAUUUUGGGCAUCCUCCUCCAACAUGGGGGAGGUACCAGUUCUACUUCAUUGCUGUUGAAGAUCAUGGAGCUGAGAAACAAAGCCAAGUCUACCCCAUGUCCUUGGCAGAGAUGACAGGCACAUAGCUUGUAUAGUGCCAGAAUAUCAUUAGUAUUUCCCUUCUUUAGUGGUUUGCUUGAAUUUAAAUCCCUGGUAAUCAGUAGAACCUUCUCCUAGGAAAUGGUGGAGUCUGUUAGGAGCCACUCAUGACUCUGACCUGUUAAAACCAGCAACGUGAGCAUUAUUUGGAGUGAACUUGUUCCAGGUAAAGCUUUGGCCUUCUGAUGCAAAUGCAAAGGACCUUCAUCUGUCAGGAACCCAGGUUGAUGAGAGACCAGUCCUGGUGGAAUCAGUGUCUCUUUAAAAAUUCUUUAGCCAGUUGUAACAUCAACAUCUAGACCUGACAGCCUUGGCAUUUGCUCCCAGUAUUUGCUGGGCUAGGCAGGCAGGUUUAACCUCCACCUCUCCUGUGGUUGAACCAGUGUGUUUUUUGGUAAAAUGGUGAUUGUAGAUAAGCGU